CGCCCCGUGAGGCCCGCAAAUCCCGAGGCGGCGAGGCUCGGGUUGUCUGGGCUGCGGGAGGUGAUGCCCCGGAAGGCAGGGAACGUGGAAGAGGCUGAGGCAGGUGCGGAGGAGGUGGGCGCCGAGGAGGUGGGCCCUGAAGAGUACGGCGGGGAGGAGUCGGGCGCCGAGGAGUCCGGCCCGGAAGAGUCUGACCCAGAGGAGCCGGGCGCCGAGGAGGAGAUGGAGGCCGGGCAGCCGCGGCCGGUGCUGCGCUCAGUGAACUCCUGUGAGCCGUCGCAGGUCAUCUUCUGCAACCGCAGCCCGCGCGUCGUGCUGCCGGUGUGGCUCAACUUCGACGGCGAGCCGCAGCCCUACCCGACGCUGCCGCCCGGCACGGGCCGCCGCAUCCACAGCUACCGAGGUCACCUUUGGCUCUUCCGAGAUGCAGGGACAUAUGAUGGGCUUCUGGUUAACCAGACUGAGCUGUUUGUGCCAUCUCUCAAUGUUGAUGGACAGCCUAUUUUUGCCAACAUCACACUGCCAGUGUAUACUCUGAAAGAGCGGUGCCUCCAGGUUGUCCGAAGCCUAGUCAAGCCUGAGAAUUACAGGAGACUGGACAUCGUGAGAUCACUCUAUGAAGAUCUGGAAGACCACCCGAAUGUAAGGAAAGACCUGGAGCGGCUGACACAGGAGCAUAUUGAAAAUCAACGGCUGGAAGGGGAGACUGAGGAUUUUAAUUGAAAUUUGCACUCCUGAGUCUGAGCCUUUGAUGGUACUGACUAGUCUUGAUCUACGCUUAGGACUGGUCACUUAUUCUCAGAUUCAAGGUGUCUCAUUCUCAGAUAAAAAAUCCUCCAUUGCUUAAAGGAAAGUUAACUGACUUCACUAGCCGUUGUGAUGUUUAGGGGCAAAUAUCACAAAAUGCAAUUUAAUGCCUGCCCCUUCUAGAAGUAUUCAUUGGGUAGUUGCAUUUUUGCCUCCUAGUAAGUCAGGAAAGUUUCUAUGUAAGGACUUUUGUGUAAGUAAUUCAAUAAGAAUUGCAGCAUAUUCUUUGAUUGUAAGAAAGCAGUGGCAUCUGCUUUUAAUUGCUGUGUUGUGGUUGGCGAUGUGUCCGCCUCCUGCUUUGAGAAGACAGAGAUGUCCUUGAGGCAGGGACAAGUCUGUCUUCUCUUUGAGACCCCAGUGCCUCACACAUUAUGAUAGCCUUCAGUCAAUGUUUGUUGAAUGAACAAACCAGUGGAUACUUUGGUAGAAAGUGUUUGGAGGUUUUGCCCUUUUUUGGGGGGGUGGGGAGGUGGGGACCUUACAGUGUAUAGAGUAAACAAAUGUUUUAAAGGGAAUCAUUUUUA